GCCAAGGGCUUUUGAGCGAAUAUAUCCCCUUGUCCGGAACUUCUAGAGAGAGAAAGAGAUUGUAGAGAGAGAAAAUUAGGGUUUCAGAUUGGUUCAUACAUACCAUAAUUCAGAAUGGAGGCGAUAACUGCGGGAGUGACCAACAUGAACAUCACAGAUUCUCACAAGAGGAAUCGCAUCCAGGUCUCCAACACCAAAAAACCCCUCUUCUUCUAUGUCAACCUCGCCAAGAGGUAUCUACAACAAUACAAUGAGGUGGAACUCUCUGCACUGGGAAUGGCCAUUGCUACAGUAGUCACAGUUGCCGAAAUUCUGAAGAAUAAUGGAUUUGCUGUUGAAAAAAAGAUUAGGACACUUACCAUUGACAUGAGGGAUGAACCAGAAAGGCGACCUGUCUCAAAAGCAAAGAUUGAAAUACUGCUGGGAAAGACGGAGAACUUUGACGAGUUGAUGGCUGCUGAGGCAGAGGCAAGGGAACUUGGUGUUGAAGAGUAGCAGAGCUGAAACAUAUGUUUCUUGAAAUUUGGUUUGUUAGUGGACUUUCAUCUGUCAAGUUCCUUUAGUUCUUUAUAGUGGACAUCACCUCAUCCUUUCCCCCAAACAUGAAAAAGGAAAAAAGAAAAAGGAAAAAAAGGAGAGGAUAUGAUUAAGGGUAAUUUCUAGGUUUGCAUUAAGUAGAUGUUAUCUGAGGAUUUGAUAUUUUUUGUGUGUAAAGAGAAAAAUGGCAUUGUUACUCAAAUUUUAUUGUUUUGUUUAUGUCAGCUCCAUAUCACAUGAUUAAAUAUUGAGAUAAUGUGGCAUAUAAUUAUAUAGUCGAAGAUGCUACUAUGAGGGUUUCCUAA